CAAAGUCAUACACUGAUAAUCUUGCUUAACAGCUGUGGUCAGCAUUAAUUUUCAUUUGGACACUCUGCAAAAUACCUCUUUUCAUGUUCUAUAGAAAAAAAGAAAGUCAUACAGGUUUAAAAAGACUUGACAGUGACAGAAAAUAAUGAAUGAAAUAUUUAACUAUUUUGUACUUAUAGGUGAUAAUGUGGCCUACGCCUCAAAUAGAAAUGCUGUAUCACACUCAGUGUGAUCAAAUUUAAUCUCACGCACAGACACAGACACUUAGGACAACAUUUGCACACGUGAAUACUCGCAUUUCCAAACAGACAUACUAGACAAGGCAUGGUGCAUAUAGGAGAAAAACACAGACAUACACGUACACAUAGUCAGAACAGAGGCGUCUGUGUUGGAUCAGGCACGGAGGCUUCCCACAUAAUUCCUGGGCAUAAAUUCCUGCGUGUGUGAGAUUAAUUUGAGAGGAAACGUGCCCAGAAAAGACAGAUUCAUCUUAAUGUUUAUUUGAGUUCAACCCCAAGCUAGAGACCCCUCCUAGGGCUCCAAAUGAACUCGGUUUCCCUUACACAAACAUAUACACAGAUCAAGGUGUGUUUGUCUUUCCUACCCAAACUCUAGGAUUUUCGGAGCAGGUAUCCCCCUCCCACCAAAACAGCCUGUUCACCUCGGGGAGAUGGAUUUGAGGGUGGCGUUUCGAAACUUAAGUGUGUAUUUGUGAAUAUGUGUGUGUUGAUAACCUGUAAGUUUCUCUGACUGUGAAUCAGUCUGUCUCUGGUUGUCGAGCAGGUCAUUAGAACUCACGCCGCAUUACAGUAUGACAUUGCCUGGGUUUGUGAUGCUGCUAUGCAUCCUGGGAGCUCAAGCCACCGUGGAUUUGAGAAAUGCUGCUGCUAUGGCUGCAGGCUUGUGUAACACCAAACCCACUGAUGUGGUAUUCAUCAUCGAUAGCUCUCGAAGCGUCCGCCCCUCUGAGUUCGAGCAGGUCAAGGUCUUUAUGACCAAAGUAAUUGACGGUUUGAACGUUGGGCCUGAUGCUACUCGCGUGGGUGUCGUAAACUACGCCAGUCGGGUGAAGAAUGAGGUCUCUCUGAAGUCCCACAAAACCAAGGCAGCGCUGGUCAAGGCCGUGUCCAAGAUCGAGCCAUUGUCCACCGGUACCAUGACCGGCCUUGCCAUCCAGUUUGCCAUGAACGUGGCCUUCAGCGAAGCCGAGGGAGCGCGCAAAUCCCCUGACAUCAGCAAGGUGGCCAUUAUUGUGACUGACGGCAGACCGCAGGACAACAUCCGUGACAUUGCAACAAAGGCGCGGGAGGCCGGCAUUGAGAUAUUCGCCAUCGGAGUGGGUCGCGUGGACAUGACCACGCUCAGACAGAUGGCCAGCGAGCCUCUCGAGGAUCACGUGGACUACGUGGAGAGCUACAGCCUCAUUGAGAAGCUCACCAAAAAGUUCCAGGAGGCCUUCUGUGCGGUUGUGUCGGACCUAUGCGUGACAGGCGAUCAUGACUGUGAGCACAUUUGCAUCAGCACACCCGGAUCUUUCAAGUGUGCCUGCAGAGAGGGAUAUACACUUCAGGGUGAUGGCCGAUCAUGCAGCGCUUGCAGUAACGCAGCCAUAGAUGUGGUCUUCCUGAUCGACGGCUCCAAGAGUGUGAGACCAGAGAACUUCGAGCUGGUCAAGAAAUGGAUCAACCUGAUCAUCGACAAACUGGACGUGUCAGAGACGAACACCCAUGUGGGACUGGUGCAGUAUUCCAGCACUGUGAAGCAGGAGUUCCCCCUGGGACGCUACAACAACAAAAAGGCCCUGAAAGAAGCAGUGAAAAGGAUGGUCUAUAUGGAGAGAGGAACCAUGACUGGCCAUGCCAUCAGUUUCCUAGUGGACAAUAGCUUCACUCCUAACCAGGGCGCCAGACCUGGAGUGGCAAAGGUCGGUAUUGUCUUCACUGAUGGCAGGUCACAAGACUACAUUGGAGACGCUGCCAGGAAGGCCAAGGAGAAUGGCUUUAAGAUGUAUGCCGUGGGUGUUGGCAAUGCUGUUGAGGAUGAGCUGAGAGAAAUUGCCUCUGAACCUGUCGCUGACCAUUACUUCUACACGGCUGACUUCAAAACCAUGAACCAAAUUGCCAAGAAGCUGCAAAUCAAUGUUUGUCAAGAGGAAGAUCCCUGUGAAUGUAAUUCCAUUGUCAAGUUCCAGAAAAAAGUGGAGGAGGCACUACAGGCAUUAACAAAGAAAUUGGAAGCUGUGACGAAAAGGAUCGCUGCCUUGGAGAACAAGAUUGUUUGAGAAGGCACCAACAUCUAAUUCUCACACUGCCAUCCCUUUCUCUUCUUGUAAAAAACACUUCCUGUGACCUCUGACCCUAAUGCUUAAGUUCCUCUCCUCCACUCCAUUUCUUUCUGCUACUUUGCCUUCAUUACUAUUGUCUAUGGGGAUGGAGCACUGAUUGCGAUGGUGACCAUGGUUUACCUGACCAUGCUUGCUCCGAAUUAUGGUCACCAUAAAAACUGAAGGUGUUGAUUUUCAAACAGCCAUCCCCCCUAACAAAACACUGUGUGCGUUGAGUAAAAAUCUACCUAUAUGGUCUGAGAUGAUCUUCACAUGCAACCUGGACAAUAAUGUCUUCCCUGUGGGGAGGUGGUGUGUACAUUAAAUCCAGUGAAGUUUUCAUUCUGUCUUCGCUUUUCUUCAUUCUACCUUUCUCAAACACAUUCUUCCAGAUUUUGCCCCAAAAAUAUAAUUUUAUAUGGAAUAUAUAUAUAAUGGUAAUUUAAUAUAAGAUUGGACUUGAAAUAAAUGUGUGAAUGUUUGAUCAUUUUCUCAAAUAAAACACUCCAUGAAGCACACACAAAAGCAGACACAACACACACACACACACGUAACUCACAGGCAAACUUUCACUGACUCGGCAAGUGCUAAACAUACCGCUUGUGUUGAUUCAAUAAAAUCCCAUUUUGUG